UUAUAAACCAUCUGUGACUUUGUCCUACUUAUUUGGCCCUCCAGUGCCCAUCCUGCCAGCCAUUCCUGCCUUCUCCUUGGCCGCCUCUCUCUCGAAAGGCAGAGAUGGAGAGGGCAACGAUAAGUCACCGGUGAACUUAAUAAAUGAACAAGGUAGGUAGGCCGGUGUCAAUAUAAAUCUCUUGGAGAGACCAUUUAGCGGUUCCAUAUUUGAGCUGGAUAUCAUUUCAAUUACCGCUCAGCCUUCCCUCGCCAUAGCCCCCUUAUUACUGUGUUUUUAAUGUGCCAAGCUUAAUUGCAUCCGUGGAAGUCUUUCGCUCAGAGCACCUCAUGGAAAUUAGCCGCUCCUCUCGCAACAGACCUUUGCUCCUCGGCGGGCAAUCUUUUGAUCAGAAGUGGGGCAACUCGUGUGGAAAGAGACUUCUCCCUCUCUCAUGACACCACAACCCAUGGGCGUCCAACGAAAAUGAAUGUUGGACGAUCCAGGACAGGUAAAAGAAAGGACUUCUUCAUGCAGGGCAUAGUUAAACUAUGGAACUCAUUGCCACAAGAGGCAGUGAUGGCCACCAACUUGGAUGCCUUUAAAAGAGGACUAGACAAAUGCAUGGAGGAGACGGCUAUUAGCCACAACGGCUAUGCUCUGCCUCCACAGUGGCAGACAGCAAUGCUUAUGAAUCUUAGUUGCCAAAAUCUACAGGAGAGGGAGUGCUCUUGUAUUCGAAUCCUGCUUUCCAUAGUUGUCUGGUCUUCCUUAGGCUGCCUCUUUAUGUUCUCAGAUCAUAAGAACAUCAGAAGAGCCUAGUUGCUGGAUCAGACCAAUGGCCUAUCCUGGGGUAGGCAACCUAAGGCCUGUGGGCCGGAUGCGGCCCAAUCGCCUUCUGAAUGCGGCCCACGGACAGUCUGGGAAUCAGCGAGUUUUUCCAUGAGUAGAAUGUGUCCUUUUAUUUAAAAUGCAUCUCUGGGUUAUUUGUGGGGCAUAGGAAUUCGUUCAUUCCCCCCCCCCAAAAAAAAUAGUCCGGCCCACCACAUAGUCCAAGGGAUGGUGGACCAGCCCAAGGCUGAAAAAGGUUACUGACCCCUGGCCUAUCCAGUCAUAGAAUCAAAGAAUUGUAGAGCUGGAAGGGACCUCAAGGGUCAUCUAAGUCCAACCCCCUGCAAUGCAGGAAUCCUGCCAUAGCCAUCCCUGAGUGGGCUCGAACCACCAACCAUCUGGUUACCAGCCAGAUGCACUGACCCAUUGCCCAGCAUCAAGGGCCAACCAGAUGCCUGUGGGGAAACCAGCAAGCACCAGGGCCUGAUUUAGGUUUGAUGAGGCCCUAAGCUACCGAAGGUAAUAGGGCCCUUUAUAUGUUCAGCUGUCCUUUGUCGACAACAAAUUGUCGCUGUUUUUUGCGUUGAAUAUCUGCUAUAUGGUAAUUUAUGGACCUAGGUAAAGGUAAAGGGACCCCUGACCAUUAGGUCCAGUCGUGACCGACUCUGGGGUUGUGGUGUUCAUCUCACUUUAUUGGCCGAGGAAGCCGGCAUACAGCUUCCGGGUCACAUGGCCAGCAUGACUAAGCCGCUUCUGGCCAACCAGAGCAGCACACGGAAAUGCCGUUUACCUUCCCGCCGGAGCGGUACCUAUUUAUCUACUUGCACUUUGAUGUGCUCGAACUGCUAGGAUGGCAGGAGCAGGGACCGAGCAACGGGAGCUCACCCCGUCGUGGGGAUUCCAACCACCGACCUUCAGAUCGGCAAGUCCUAGGCUCUGUGGUUUAACCCACAGCGCCACCCGCGAAUGUAUGGACCUAAUAGGUAUCUAAAGCCAUUUGCACAUAACAAAAUAUGUAUUUUAUCAAAGUAAUUGUUGAACUGAAAUUUUUGGGGGGGCCCCCAAGAGAGUGGGGCCCUAAGCUAUAGCUUGUUUAGCUUUUACGUAAAUCCUGCACUGACCCCAACACAUGAGCGCUCUCCCCUGCUGUGGCUUCCAGCUACUGGGAAGCAGAUCAGAUCAGCAAUAUAUGCAGAGUCAGAGGCCCUCUCAGAAACACCCCCCUCUUUCCCCUUCUUUGGUUCCUUAUCUUCAAACCAGACUUGGACUGGACACACACACACCCAAAUAGAGGACAGCAUCCUUUUCCUCUGACAUCCCUUCAAAAGACUUUCCUCUGCAAAUCAGGUUAUAGGGCCAGUCUAGAGCUGCUGUGGUGCAGCGGCUAGAAAGUUGGACUUGGGAGACAAAGGCUCAAAUUCCUACUCAGCCAUGAAGCUCACUGGGUGACCUUGGGCCAGUCCCUGUCUCUCCUCAGCCUGUCCUGCCUCACAGGGUUGUUGUGGGGAUUAAAUGAGGAGGGGGAGAACCUAUGUAUGCUGCCUGGAGCUCCUCAGAGGAAAAAGGUGGGAUGUGAAUGCAAUAAAUCAACACUUCUUCAGCUGUUGGAAAGGAUGUUAUGGAUUUGUUCAUUUCUUGAUCAUCUUCCAUACAUGUCUCAAGGCUACAUACUGUGAGAUAUAAUCCACUGGGAGCAGUCAAAUAUAACAUUCAUUGUUUUCCUAGAAUGGACAUGCAAGGGAAUGUUUGAUCCAGCCAGUCGAAACUUCCUGUUCCUCCUGGCUGGAGCAUCCUUUCUUUUGCAUGUGAUAGAAGGUGGGCAUGACCUAAUCUGUUCAGGUAACAAAAGGACGAGUCAUGCAGCACACCCCUCUCUUUUUGACCUCCUUCUUCAUUUGACCAGCUUCUAGCUAGGACUGCUCUGCUAGCUCUCAGAAACACUAAAAUUAUUCCCCCAUAUGGGGUAGACCCACUUGUACAUAUUUGUAACUAAGUCUGCCUUCAGAGAUCCAACUGUGAACUGAUGUGAGUAAACUUUUAUUGACUUUGAAUAAGAUUGUCACAUCUUUAUUCUUCUAAGAGGGAUUCAAGGGAACUUACCAGGAACGUACAAUUCAAUCUGAGACAGACUGAAUUGUAUAAUAGCAAGAGGCUCACACGAGCCUGCAACCAGCUAUUUGCUGUGCAUGUAAAAGGGGAAUGUAAACUCUGCUAAGUAAAGGAACUUGCUAGUGCAAGUUAUGAAGGGUAUUAAUUAACAAUAUAUCCUCUCCUGCCACCCUGAACAUUCCCACACAUACAAUUUUUUAAAAGCAAAAAAAAAAAAGUGCAUUUGAACAUAACAGAGGGCAGAUCCACACCAAUCCUUUAUAGCACAUCCCUUGCACAUUGAAAGCGCAUGGAUUUCUUCAAAGCAUGCUGGGAGCUGUAGACCCUUCUUCACAUAGCUACACUUCUCAGCACCCUGGAUUCUUUGGGAGUUCCCUGGAUUCUUUGGGAGAAGUUGUGCAUAGCAUGGAUUUGUUCACAGAAAACCCCACUGGAUAAAUUGAAAAGCCAGUAGAGACCUAUGGCAGCGAUUCAUUCAUCCAGUUGGGGGUGCUUGCCAGAAAUGCCUUCAAUUGUUCCAAGAGGUGCCUAUUGUGUCUCAGCAGCAGGGGUGCUGUUCCACAGAACAGGGGCAGCCACACUAAAGGCCCUGCUCUGAGGAACAGGCUUUUGAGAUCUUUGGGACUUUCAGGAGAAGCUCUCCUGUAUGCUAUAGUGGGCUACUUGGUAUAGAAGGGAGAUGUCUCUCCAGUAUCUUGAGGUCCUGAACUGCAUAGUAGGUCCUUACAUUUUAGUACCAACAGGUGGCUUAGCAGCAAAUUGGCAGCCAGUACACCAGCCCGCAAGCAAGGUGUUAUAUGCUGACUGUAGUUUAACUUCACAAGCAACCAAGCCACCACUUUCUUCACCAGCUGCAGCCUCUGGUCCAGCUUCAAGGGUGCAUUGCAGUCAUCCAGCUUUGAGUUUACCAAUGGGCCUUGCUAGCACUCAGAUCAGGAUGCUGAUGUCAGGCCACUAAGGACCCUAAUAGAGUCACCAAGGCAAGAAAUGGGAAUCACUCUCUGCAUUUGUACAGGAGCUUCCAAGUGUUCAACCUACAACAACCCUGUAAGGAAGGCCAAUAUUAUCACUGCCACUGCCCUCAGAAGGACUGAGGCUAAGUGCAAACAGCUUCCUUAAGGCCACCUUGUGAGUUUCUUGGAGAUUUGAGCUUCAAAUCAAGGGACUUCCUGAUUCAUAGCUCAGUCUCCCUAGCCACUGUGCUACACCAGCAGAUGAGAAGGGAAAAGCAAAUAGCCUUUUCUGUACGUUUCAUUUUUGUACAUUUCCAUCGCAUCUUUUCCUCCAAGGAGCUCAAGGUGGCCUUUGUGGUUUUCGCCCUUCCCAUUUCGUCCUCACAACAACCCUGCGAGGUAGCUUAAGCCGAGUCGUGGUGAGCCCCUUAACUCUCUCAGUGGUGCAGAACCUGUGCCUCUUGGGGGGGGUGGCUGUAGUUUCUUACAGGGGCCACCAGAGGGGGCUAGUGCUCAACCUGCUCUCCUCCUGCCAUUUCCAAGGGCCAGGUCCCACCUCUGACACAGAAUCCUAGAACUGCAGAUUUGGGAGGGACACCACCCCAAGGGUCAUCUAGUCCAACCCCCCCUACAAUGCAGGAAGUAAAGACUUCACAUGGUGAAGUCUUCACACAGCAAGGCCUUGUGGUUUCAUACAUGGUAAGGCUUUUUAAAAAGGGCAGAAAAGAUUCUUGUAGAUGAGACAUUCCCUAACCACUGACAACCCAGUCAGGUGCCAGGGUUUCACCUCAGCCAACUACUUAAUAAUAAUUUUAAAUAAUUAUAUUAUUUGUACCCCACCCAUCUGUCUGGGUUUUCUCAGCCACUCUGUACAGCUUCCAACACUUCUUCUUCUUCUUCUGCAGCGAUCACUUGUAGCCGAGUAAGAUUGUCUUCCAUAAACAUGGUUUAAACAAUGAGUCCGUAAGUGACUGUGGUGGCCAGUUCUGGACCCACAUGUCCUUCCACAGUGGGGACAUUGGUUUCCGCGUGGGAGUUGAUCACGGUGCGGAUUUGCCAAGCGUGCCUUCCUCUUAGCACGUUUCUCCCUUGCGUUCGAGUGUCUUCAAAGCCCACGACACCUUUGGUAAAGGCUGUUCUCCAACUGGAGCGCUCGCAGGCCAGUGUUUCCGAAUUGUUGGUGUUUAUACAUUUUUUUAGAUUUGCCUUGAGAGAGUCUUUAAACCUCUUUUGUUGACCACUAGCAUUACGCUUUCCAUUUUUAAGUUCAGAAUAGAGUAGUUGCUUUGAAAGACAAUAAUCAGGCAACGAAGUUGAUCUUUAAUGCCCCAUCCACACUAUGCAUCCAAAGCAGUAGCGUGACACUUUAAACAUGGCUUCUCCCAAAACAGCCUGGGAACUGUAGCUUGGCAAGGAUGCUGAGAGUUGUGAGGGGUCUUCAAACCUCUUUUGUUGACCACCAGCAUUACGCUUUCCAUUUUUAAGUUCGGAAUGGAGUAGUUGCUUUGGAAGACGAUAUAAACAUAAUAAAACAUCAAACAUUAACAACUUCCCAAUGCAGGGCUGCCUUCAGAUGUCUUCUUACCACCAUCCUUACUGGACGGUUGAUCCCAGAGCUCAAUACUGAACUCCAGAUGAGAUCCCAGCAAAGCAAAGGUAUGUUGGCAUUAUAUAUCUCCGUGCGUUUUGGAAGCUAUGCUUUGCAGUUCGUGCCACAGACUAAGCUAGUAAUCUGAUAUAAUUCAAAACAGGAUAUUCAUGGCUUUUAUCCAGCCAGGGUCUCCAUCUGUACCUUCUGAAAGAUACCCAUUGUUCAAGCGUGGAGCACAGGGGAGGGGAUGUUACUCAGCUGUAAAAGCCCACACUUUGUGUGCAGAAGGUCCUAGGUUCGAUCCCCAGCUUCCCCUGGCUUAAAAAAAGCAUCAGACAAUGCUGGUAUGUGCUGGCAAGCAGGUAGAAGGCAACGUCAAUGCAGGUUGGUGGGGAUUAAAACUGGGACUUCCUGCAUGUAAAGCAGGUGUUCUACCACCAAGCCAUGGCCCCUCUCCCCAAAGAGAAAGUAAGAUUCUAGUCCUCGGGCUUCUAAAUAAAGGGCUGGAUUAAAUAGGAACAUAGGUUCCACCAUAUGUGGUGGACAUGCAAGCAGUGCUAGACUUAUGUAUAAGCUAAACAAGCUAUAGCUUAGGGCCCCAUUCCCUUGGGCCCCCCCAAAAAAAUUAAAGGAGGAAAAAAACCUGGAUGUAUAUUUCCAAAAUAUAAGAUAAAAAAAACAAUAAAAUAAAACCUACAUACAGCAACCGUGUUUUGUGUUGUGUAGGCUCCUAUGGUGUAAGUAAUGGGCCCCGCCUGCUAGCCUGCUCCCUAAAAUGUCACUGGUUUGCCCAUUUAUAUAUAUAGGGUGCCUACAUUCUGCAUGGACCGGUUGCAUUGCAAUAUGUGCAAAUGGCUUUAGAUACCUAUUAGGUUCAUAAAUUAACAUAUACCAUACAUUCAACACAAAAAACAGCAACAAUUUGUUGUUGACAAAGGACAGCUGGACAUAUAAAGGGCUCCAUUUCCUUCAGUAGCUUAGGGGCUCAUCCAACCUAAAUUCAGCCCUGUGUGCAAGCAUUCUGGGAAAUGAUUUAUAAUGAGUUGGGGGGAAAUGUUCAAAAUGACAUUUGGGGGAAAACCAGAGGCUUUUUUGCUCGGUAUUUUAGGUACAGAGAUUCCGAGGGAGCAGAAACGACUAUUCAUGUACGUGACGACAGCAGCGAGGCUAUUACUGGCCCAGAGAUGGAAAAAAGACAAAGUUCCAACCAGAGAGGAAUGGCUGAUGAAGGUGAUGGACUAUGCCGAAAUGGCAAAAAUGACCAGGAAAGUCAGAAACCAGGAAGAGAAGAAUUUUAAGAAGGAAUGGGAAAAAUCUACAAUGUACUUAAGAGAACACUGUAAACAACUAAAAACAUUGGCAGGAUUUGAGUCACCAUUGUAAUGUACAAAAAACUACGGAAAAACGAAUUACUACUUUUUUAAAAAUUAGAGAAAAUAAGAGGAGGAGGAGGAGGAGGAGGAGGAGGAGGAGGAGGAGGAGGAGAAGAAGAAGAAGAAGAAGAAGAAGAAGAAGAAGAAGAAGAAGAAGAAGAAGGAGAAGAAGAAGAAAAAGAAGGAGAGAUCGAUAAUGGUAACCAUGGAAGGGCAGAGGGAAGUCAAGAGAUUCAGAGAAUCCUAAUUGAAGAGGUGAAUGAUGUGCUUGAAUUUAAAUUUGUUAUGUAUGUAUGUAUGUAUGUAUGUAUGUAAGUAAGUAAAUAAAUAAAUAAAUAAAUAAAUAAAUAAAUAGGAGGCUGUUAUAUAUCAAUCAAGAUAUUGGAGCCAUGCAGCUCAGUAGGUUCUCUGGGAUUUCAGUUGAUUUUGGGGGUCGAACCUGGGACCUUAUGCAUGCGAAGAUGCUCUAACACUGAGUUCCGGUCCUGCCCUGUGCUCUCAAGGUGCUGAAUCUGCUUAUUUCCAGGUUUGGGAUGGGAAGGUACCAAAGAGAGAAUGA